UGCAAUGAAUCCUUUCGGCUAGGCUGAACGUCACAUUGCAAAUCCCCCAGUGACUGCCACCUAAAAACAUGAAUAUUUGUAAUUUCUAUUAAGAUAUUCUGGGUUAAAUAUGACAAACUGUGACAGUGUUUCGCUUUCUAAAUAUGGCAUUCUGCCAAGGAACCCUGGCAGAGGCUAUAUGAUCAGUGGAGCGUUGGCAAGACUCACUGCAUCUACAAAUAAACUGGAAGAGCUUUUAUCCUCUGCGUUAGGAGCAGCAGAAACAGGCAGAGGGUUGAAGCUGUAGUAAUUGAGGAACAAGUGUUAUCAACCUGCAAGACGCUUGCACAGCUUAAUGCACCCAACAGAUAACGAUGGAUCCUGCUGAGAACGCAAGUGUUUUCUCUGCAGCGGAUCGCUGUCCCAACUGCAGCACUACCACCCACCCAGGGGUGGAUGUAGCCAAGGUGGUGGUUUUGGGGAUGGUGCUGCUGGUGUUUGUAUUGUUCGGGGUCCUUGGCAACAUUCUGGUCAUCCUGUCAGUAUUGUUCCACCACCACUGGCGCUCUGUGACACAUUACUUCAUUGCCAACCUGGCGGCGGCAGACCUGCUGCUCAGCGCCGCCGUCCUGCCCUUCUCCGCCACCUCCGAGGCUCUCGGCAGAUGGGUGUUUGGCCGGUCCUUCUGCAGCGUUUGGGCCGCGCUUGACGUCCUCUGCUGCACCGCCUCCAUCCUCAGCCUGUGUGUGAUCUCUAUCGACCGCUACCUGGCUGUCAGCUACCCUCUGCGCUACCCUGCCAUAGCCACGGGGCGGCGAGGCCUGACAGCGGUGGCUGCUCUCUGGGGACUCUCGGCAGCUAUAUCCGUGGGCCCUCUGUUUGGCUGGAAGGAGCCCGAUCCAGAAGACGAGACGGUGUGCCGAAUCACGGAGGAGCCUGGCUAUGCUUUGUUCUCGGCACUAGGAUCUUUCUACAUACCUCUGGCCAUCAUCCUGGCCAUGUACUGCCGCGUGUAUACCGUGGCGAAGAGAGAGACGAAAACCCUCAGGAAGGGCAGUAGGGGAGAAGGGGUUGAGACAGAGGGGGUGGUGCUUAGGAUUCACAGAGGGAGUGCUCCUCAGACGGAGAAGAAGGAGGACGACGACGGGACCCCGACACAUAAACGCAGAACCUUUUCCCUGCCGAAGCUGCUGAAGUUCUCGAGAGAAGAGAAGGCAGCCAAGACUCUUGGCAUUGUUGUCGGGUGCUUCAUUCUGUGCUGGCUCCCUUUUUUCCUGGUUUUACCAAUCGGAUCCAUCUUCCCGUCCUGUAAGCCUUCUGAAACCAUCUUUAAGAUUACCUUCUGGCUGGGUUACCUCAACAGCUGCAUUAACCCCAUUAUCUACCCCUGCUUCAGCCGGGAGUUCAAGAAAGCCUUCCACAAUGUGCUACGUGGCCGCUGCCUGAGAACUGGGGCACUGGCUGCCAAACCACAAGGACACAUCAGCACCCACUCCUCCAGUCCAGUCCCACAGUCUAACACCUCUGUUCCCGCAGCCCAACACCGCAACACUGCUUCGUCAUGGGGUUGCUGCAGGAUGCUGUCCACCUCCUCGUCAUCUGUCUGCGGUCCAGAGGCUCAAAGUGCACAAAUCCAGAGUAAGAGUCUACUAAAGGCGUGGUGUCUCUCAGCAAGUCGGACGCCGGUCCCACAGAACCCCUCCAGUCGCACGUCAACCAAGGUUUUACGCCUUUCUCUCAGCGUAACAGGAGAGGCCGUUUGAUUGGCAUGUUGAUGCAACGGUAGGAUUUGUAAGCAUCCAAUCUUGUACUUUGGUUUUGCCUCUAGGAAAUACUUCCAGUAUGUACAAUUUUGCAUGAAUAUUUAUGCUCCCCAGAGGCAUCAGAGUGCAGGGCCAGCCAAUAGUGAGACUUGCCUUCAGAGCAGACAGAAGAUAACUCUGUUGCCUUUAGGCUUUAUGCCAGUUUAAAUGCCUUGAGUGUCAAAUAAAACAUGAUUUGGGAAAGCGAAUGAAUAACAUUGUGUCUAUACGCAACAGCCAGUACUGAGCUGCUCUUGAACAGAGCACUACAUGUCAAAACUUUCAAUAGGAACUACUUAGUGAUCAACAAGAAAAAGACUGGAGUAUGAACACACAGCAAGAGACCUUUGGAAAAAAAACAACCCUCUCUGGUUAAAAAAUGCAAGACCAAAGCCAUUUUUGCAAGGCCAGUCAAAAAUCAGCACAUGAAAAGGAAUAAAACAUAAUUAAAAUCUAAUUGAAAUGACAUUGUAAAAUAACUCUAGAGACAUGAUUUCUUUAAACGUUAGUGGCAUUUCAGCAGAUUGCACAAAAGCCCGUAAUUAAAGGGUGAGA